ACAUUAUGAUAACUUCGUUUCUUUUUCGUAACAGCUGUGAAUAUAUGUUUUAUGUAUUGAAUAUAUCUUUCUCUUAAGCAUUUUCAAUAUAUCUGUGUUUACUUUAAAUACAUUUGAAAUGCUAGUUCAUUGAUUUAAUUAACUCGAUAAUGCUUAUGGAUCUUAUGUUCAGUUCAUUCAAGAAAAAAAGAUCGUUUGUAUCUAUUAGUGAUUCCUUCACAGAAAAAUAAUGGUAAAGCAGCAUAUUUCAUCGUCAGUUCAUGUUUUAUAUGCGCCGUUCUGUUUUCUACAUUUGUUAUUGAAAUAAGUUGAAGUUAUGGAAUCAGGGAUUACUUUUCGUGAAAUGUCAGUAAAUCAUGUGAGAUGUGUUCAUUGACAAGAUAUUGACUGGCAAUGAUAUCGGAAAGUUUAACAGUUGUAAUCACAUAGCAGUUAAUAAGAUCUAUAAUAAUAUUCGUCAGAUCCGAUGAAAAUUUCGGAUUUGCAUACAGUCAGGAUGCUCUGAUGUCAGGUUUUACCAUCCGAUAGACAUUGAAUUCGUUUUGAAAUAUUCCCGAGUGCUGUGUUUGACAGUGUGAAAAAAUAAUCAAAGGUCUGUUUAUUAGAUAGGAGAAACAUGUUAGGUGGUUGGAUGUUGAUGUGUGUGUUUGUCGGAGUCACAGGGGUACAUAUACAUUUGAUAUCAAAUGAACAACGUUUACAUCAUUAUAUAAUGCAGGAUAAACGAUACAAUAAACUCAUCCGGGCACCUGGGGUCAUUAAGGUCGUUAAUACAACAGCAGAAGACAAUUCAACGAGUGGAAAUACAACAGUAAAUACUCUUACAGUGAAACUCGGAAUCAGUCUGUCCCAAAUUCUACUAGUUUCCGAGAAGAAUCAGAUAGUAACCACAAACAUUUGGCUUAGACAUGAAUGGAGAGAUUCCAGAUUAAAAUGGGACCCUGAUAAUUUUGGCGGUCUUAAUUAUACACAUUUUCCUUCUGACGACUUAUGGAGACCGGACAUCAUUCUCUAUAACAAUGCGGACGGAGACUUCAACGUAACGUUGUUAACCAAGGCGACCGUAUUCAGUAACGGUCGUGUUGUAUGGGAACCUCCAGCUAUUUACAAAAGUUACUGUCCAAUUAAUGUAGAGUUCUUCCCAUUCGACCAGCAAGAAUGUUUUAUGAAGUUCAGCUCAUGGACACAUGAUGGACAUUCAAUUGAUCUACGGCACAUCAAAGAGGAUACAGGUAUUCACAUUGAAACGUUUACAAUAUAUCCUAAUGGAAUAGAUUUAUGUGAAUAUAACCAAAAUGUUGAAUGGGACAUUAUCAACGUAACAGCAAAACGGAAGGAGAAAUUCUACCCCUGUUGCCCAGGAAGUCCAUAUCCGGAUAUCACAUUUAAUAUAACAAUACGCCGAAAGACUUUAUUCUACACAAUCAAUUUAAUAAUGCCAAUAAUUGCUAUAUCGACACUUACAGUACUUGUGUUUUAUUUACCAAGUGACUCUGGUGAAAAAAUCACUCUAUCCAUAUCUAUUCUGCUUGCAUUGACUGUGUUCUUCUUGCUUUUAUCAGACAUAAACCCGCCGACAUCCAUUGUUAUACCACUAAUAGGAAAAUAUCUACUUUUUACGAUGAUAGUGGUCACUAUGUCUAUAUUCUUGACAGUUUAUACAUUAAGCGUUCACUUCCGGUCACAGGCGACACAUAACAUGUCACCGUGGAUAAAGCGCGUAUUUACAGAAAUUCUCCCGAAAAUACUUUGUAUGAAGCGGCCUGUACAAGAGAAACGACCGCCAAAAGAACCUUUAGAAGUAACAACAAAUCUUCUUGACGACGAGGUUAACGAUGAGAUGACACAACAACCGAAUUAUGCUAAUUUACGACGGCGAAUGGCGCCGGCAUAUAAACAAGUCUUAGUUGGUUAUCCGGAAGAAAUCAGAGCGUCAUUAAAAGGUGUCACAUACAUAGCAGAACAUCUGAAGUCGGAAGACCUUGAUAAAUCGAUUGAAAGAGACUGGAAUUACGUUGCCAUGGUUAUGGAUAGACUGUUUCUGUUUAUUUUUACAACGGCAUGUAUAUGUGGUACAAUCGGGAUAUUUCUGAAUGCACCGUCAAUACAUGAUCCCAGGAUGCCGAUGUCUAAAGAUGACUUCAACUGUUCCAAGCGUUAACUCUGUCAGUGUUUCUUGUGAAAUGUAUUGCUCCAUUCCAUUCAUCCAAGGCUAUGUUAGACGUUCGUAUGAGCUGAAAGAAUUUUUACCAUCAGUUGUCAAUUCUUGAUUUGAAAUAAAACUGAGAUAGUUGAAAAUAAAUUUUCAGUUCAUUUUUUAAUUCAGAGGACAAAGUCUUGCUUAACAAUUUAUGGAUGUAUUGUUUAACAGUUGAUAUUAUUGCGAUGAAGAAAAUGGACAUUAUGCAUAUGUUUAAUAUUGCUUUAUUCCGUGUGUUUCAUGCUAUUUGUCAUAUCAAAUGUAUGACAGAACUUUAUAUCUGUAUACAUUUUGUAAUCUUUAAUCAUGACCACUAUAAAAUUAAUACGAAAAAGAAAUAUUGAUAAUUUUAUUACAUAUAUGCUCUGAUUCAUAAACAUGCCAUAAUUACUGUAUAGAAUGACUGUGAAAAUAUAUUUU